AACUAUUCACAGGAAAGCUACUUCACAACCAUAACGGAGGUAAUGCGUUGCUUUCACGAACAAGCCUGUCCUGCUUCUACAUAACCAAACAAUGUCCACCGAUGACACUGCCGAGAAUGCCACCGAGGCAGUAAAAAGAGAACGACCAGAAGAUGACAACGGUACCCAAGGUAAGUGACCCAUUUCGACAGACGAAUGAUCGUCAAGCAACCGCGCGCUCUGUAUUCAGUAAUACUAUGAUAAUGUAUUUGCAUGCUUCAACUCUAAAAACCACUUGCUUUGAUAAAUAUCCGCUCAUAAUUUUGGAACCAUAAAUUUUCAAUUCAGAACCGCCAUCAAAAUUAGCGAAAAAUGCUGAGGCCGAUGAUCCAUCGGAAACGAAGACUGAAGCGAAUGGCGCAUCGGAAAUAAAAACUGAAGCGGAUGCGGUCGCUGUACCUACCGCACAAGCAGAAGAGGCAGAAGAGUCGAAAGAGGUUGCAACAGGACAAAACGAGAUUAUUCAAACUGAAGGCUCAAAAGAAACCACAGAGAGUGCACCAAAAGAGACUGCUGGUGCUGGUGCUGGAGAGACAGCAACACCGACUGGAUUGCCAUCUGGACUUCCGACAUCGGAAGGUCAACCUGUUCAGGCAGCGGAGAUUCCAAACAUAGAGGCUACUUUAGAAGAAAAAGGAGAAGUUUCCGCAGUCUAUGUCGGAAGAGUGAUUGGUAAAGGUGGAGAAAUGAUUCGCGAUCUACAAGCGAGAUCAUCCUGUCGAAUUGAUGUAGAUCAGAAUGUGCCUCCUGGUCAGCCUCGAUUAAUCACGUAUCGGGGAACACGCAAAACCAUAGAUUUUGCCAAACAGCUUGUUCGAAUGCUUUGCCAAGAAAACGUGAACGAAGCAGACUUGCCAUUGGGUGAUGCAAAGCGCGAGUUUUUAGUAGUUCCUGCAACCAGUGUCGGGAAGAUUAUUGGACGUGGUGGAGAAAUGAUCCGUGAGCUUCAAUCAAGGUCUCAAGCUAAGAUUCAAGUAGAUCACAAGGGAAUGAGUGGAUUGGACUCCUCCGAAAAACAGGUCACUAUGACUGGGACUGAAAUAGCUGUUGUGAAGGCCAAGGAAAUGGUUCUAUUUUUGGUUGCCAAUCCGAUGAUGGAUGCCAUGCAGUCCCUAACCAUGCUGGUUGAUGAUAAAAUACAGCGUAACGGUGUCUGGGGAUCUGGCCCUCCCUACCCAAAUCUUCCUCAGGGUGGCCAAAACAUGCAACCUACUGGCGGAGGUGGUGGAUAUGGUUACGAUCAGCCGUAUGGUGGUGGUGGUGGUGGACAUUACGGAGGGGGUCCUCAAUCUUAUCAACAGCCUCCAUCUUAUGGCAGCGGUAGCGGCGGAAUGGAGAGUGAAAUAUUUUUUGCCGCAAAGCAUUAUAUGGGAAGGAUUAUUGGAACAAAGGGCGUUACAAUUAACGAUCUCCAGAAAAGGUCUGGGUGUGACAUUCAAAUUAACCAAGAUGUUCCGCCAGGGAGGGACUGUGAGAUCACCCUUCGCGGAAUGCGCCAAGGCAUUGAAAUGGCUAAAAACAUGCUUCGGGAGGUCAUUGAUACUGGUCCGAAUCAUCCCUAUGCAGGCGGCAGCGGUGGUGGAAACUGUAAGAGCACAUGAGCGCAUUGUGGUGCCAAUAAUUGACAUUUCUGAAUUCAAGCACUAAAUACCGAAUAAUGUUUUUUCUUUUCUUCUCCACACGUUCUUCAAAAGCCUAUGGAGGAUACCAACACAGCGGUUAUCAUCAGCAUCAACAGCAGCCGUAUGGGUACCAAGCCCAAGGAGGAUAUCAACAGCAACCGCAGUACGGGCAGGGUGGCUACGGCCAAAAUUCUGGUUAUGGCGGCGGCCCCCCGAUCCAACCAUACCAGCAGCAAGGCCAGUACCAACAGGGGCCUCCACAAGGUGCUUAUGGAGCUCCACCGAGUGCCCCGCCUGUGUCGGAAUGGAAAACUGCAACAGCACCCGAUGGUCAAACAUACUACUACAAUGAAAGAUCGGGAGAGACUUCUUGGCAAAAGCCCCCUGGAAUGCCAUAAAGGAGAUGGAAAGGUCGCCAAGAACUGUUGUCCGUUGCCUCUCGAUUUGUAUGGUGAAGAUGUAUUCUGUUUGACUUGAAUCUAUUCUGCGCUGAAUUUUCGAGAGAGCUGAUUCGUCGUUGUUAAAAGCUGGACCGAUACUGCAUGAACAUGUUCUUCUUUUGACUCUAUCAUUCUCUUCAUUCUGCUGGAUUGAAUUUGCGUUGGCAUAUCGCUUCGAUUGGUUAUUUUAAGUGACACUGCUGUGCUUUGUGGAAGUGACAAUGUGCAUGAACUUCAAUACGCGUAAUCUUGAUAUCUAUGUUAUGUUUUCUGCUGUUAAUUAUCAACCUGUUGUUCUUCAAACCGAAUCGCAAGCUUUUGAAGUCGUACCCACAAAUUAUUCCACCAUGUCAUGCGCUAGUAGUAAUCUCGAUGUUUUAUGAAAGAUCGAGCAUAAGGUUGUCUCUAACAAAUUUGCAAAGAACAAGGAAUACAUGACAAUUCACCACAAGCCCAGUAAGGAAGAUAAAUAUAGAGGAGUUGAUUUCCAAUUAAUUUACAUUUCAGUUUGGUAUGAAAGAGUUGACUUACGAUGCCGCUUUACUAGACUAUAAUAUCCCCAAAAAUUGAAAAUCACGAGUAGCUCAGAGUCUUCUUUGUCUUUUUCUGGGUGGGACGUGAUCUGCGGAUACUUGAGUACCAGGAGGAGCAAAAGUGGGCGUAGUUUGUCGUUGCCGUUCCCACAUUUCGUCCGAUGGCUCCAGAAUCGAUCGUAAAAUUGAGUUAGUGGGUAUGAUCGGUUCGGAUACAUGGCUAAGCAAGACUUUGAAAGCAAUCUCGAAAGAUCUUUGAACUAAAUCGAUGCGAAACGA